AUGUUCCAUCAAUCUCUGGAUCACUCCCAGACAAUCGAAGCAGGAGUCGUAAUGUCUGCUAAUCAGGCGACAGACAACGACAACGCCUUCUCGUUGCUUCGUGAUAUUGUUUCUAAUAAAGGAGCAAAUGAACAGCUCAUAAUCAUUUGUGAAGACAAACUUUGUCGGAACAUGACACUUUCACUGCUCGCGAAGGGCAUAAAAUCCACUACAUUUCUCUCGGAAUUGUGCGAUGAGAUGGAAACUUUUGCUAGCCAAAAGUUAGAAUUCAACCGAUCGAAAAUCGCUGUUUGCAGCGACGAAGCUUAUCAAAAGUUGGAUUUGCCAUUGUCUGACGUGUACGUCAUCUUCGGAAUGCCACUGAAACUCUCUCGUUUCCCAAAACUGCUCAAAUCAAUUGAGAAAUCGGCGGAAAAUGCGAGCCGCAUGGUUCAUGUCGAUGUCAUUGUGAAGCCGACUGACGGGCCGGAACUCGUCAAGUCUCUUUAUACUCAGAUGAAAGAUCGCAUCAGCGCGGUUCCGAGCUGGUUGAAAAAGGCCUACGUAAUGCACUACGCCGAGGAAGAUCUUCAAGUGGCCUACCUGAAUAAUGAGUCUCGUCCGAAGCGCCCUUCAACUCCUUCGAAACCAUCCGAGAAAUCGCUAAACAACGGCAUUCAGGAGCCAUUGACUUCUUCCGACACAUCCGGAUCACCAGGAUCAUCAUUCCUGCAGUGUCAAUCGAUUCCCUCGUCUCCACAAAUCGAAUUUAUCAGAAAAAACAACGAAAUCAAACCGAAGAAUAACGAAGUCGAAGAGGAUUUCGAUGUCUACAAUAUGCGUCCAAAUGCAGAUGGAAGAUACCUGAUUCCGGCGAGAUUUAUCGUAAACGCCGACUACGAUGAGGACGAGGUGUUGAGCUCCUCUGAUAUCACCUAUGACGAUGAGUACGACUACGAAUCGGCUCUUUAUGAUGAGGACUUUGAAUACGAAUCCUAUUAA